AUGUACACAUCAAAUAAACGCCCACCAUUCAAAACAGCAAGGAGGAGCGUGCCGACACAUUGCAAAGGCUCGCCAGUGCCCUGCGACAAAAACCACGACACGUACAACAGUUUCAGAAAGAGCGGUCCUAACAACAGCCACAACAACGACAGCCACAACAGAAAUAACGACGACGACAACAACAAUUUCAACCACAAAACCAGCAACAACAUCCGAAACCACGUCAGCAGCCAUGAAGACAGUGAAUUUAAAAAAAUUCGCCAAGACAACGACGCCGAUAACAACAAAUACACAAACAACGCCAACGUCAACAACAAAAACAACAAAAACAACAACCCAGCCAAAUCAACAACAACAGCAACAAAAGCCGACAAACCACCGUACAGCUACAACGCCAUGAUCAUGAUGGCGAUCCGUAGCAGUCCAACUGAACGCCUGACGCUGAAUGGCAUCUACGAGUUCAUCAUGAAGCACUUUCCGUACUACAGGGAGAACAAGCAGGGCUGGCAGAACUCGAUCAGGCACAACCUCAGUCUGAACAAGUGCUUCGUCAAGGUACCGCGACACUACGAUGACCCAGGCAAGGGCAACUACUGGAUGUUGGACGCGGCAGCCGACGACGUCUUCAUCGGGGGUUCCACGGGCAAGUUGAGGAGGAAGAGUUCGUGUGGCAGUGCA